AUGCUCUCGAGAUUUCAGCAUAACAAAAUGAUAUGUUGUAGGGCCAUGGAAGAAGUAUCCACUUGCUUCAUCAACCUGUUCAUGCACAUCAACGCAACAUUCAGCAAGGACAGUUCUGACUGCAUCACCACCUUAUCAUCGGCAGCUGAUUUCAUCCAGUACCUCACCACUCUUCCUCCAGCACAGUCACUCCAACAAUUGACUUGCAACACUGCUAUUGAUGACAACAGCGAAAAUGUCAACAGUGAGAACAAAAUGACGGUUGAGACAGGCUACAAACCAUUAAGAACGUACACGAUGAGCCAAGAUGAGGUUCGCAAGGUCCUUGGCUGGCCCUCCAUUGGUCAGGACGAUGCUGGCAUGGCGAACCAUCCACUCAACGACCUGGAUGUUCUUCUCUUUGAAUACGCCAAAGAUGAGGACGGAUUGAAGGCAGUGCAUGCAGGGGUUCACGCAUUGAUAACCAUCCUCAAAACACCUAGUUUGCCUGACAGCAGACCAGAAGCAGUUGAAGUCAUGCUGCCGGAUAGCGAUACAUUGUUGGAGCAACUGAAGAGACGUACGGUGUACAGUCUGGUGGAGGAUGAUGAGGAAGAGCAGCAACUGACCAGCACCUACUGGCUGUCCACACCAAUGGGCGACGACUUCGACCACGAACCAGAACUUACGAAAUGUGAUUUGAUUCAACUCGUUGAAAAGUUUGUUCCUGGUUUUGAUUUGGAGGCUGAGUUGAAAAAAGGCUCCAAUAUGUCAGAAACAUCUAUACUGUCCCGACAAAUUAAACGGAUAGCAUCGAGGAAGAACACGGACACGAUAAACACCAGCAAGAUGACAAGCGGUGGAGCUGCCUUCGUGGCUCCACUGCGUGGUAGGGGGUUCAUCCGCGGUGUCAUGGGGGGUGGUCUUAACAGGGGGGACAUGUUUAGAUCGAGACCGCCCAACACAUCUAGACCGCCAUCCAUGCAUGUCGAUGAUUUCGUCAAGCUGGAGACGCAAACUCACCACCAGCAACAGCAGCAGCAUCAUCAACCACCACUACAUCAGCAGCAAGGUGUUAGCACCGCAACUAAUGUCAUGCCCAUGCAAGUCGGUCAUCUUACCAGGAGAUCUGACGAGAUGAUGAGAUUGCGUGGAGACCCAUUCGACAGAGGAGUGACUCGAUUCUUCAGCAGCACCAGGUGGCCCUUCCACACGUUCCACUCCUCAUCAUCAUCAUCCUCCAGGGAUGAUACAGUUCUUCUGUUAAGAGGAGCUUAUAGAACGGUGGGGGUCUUGAACAGACCCGGCCUGAUGAUGAGAGGGACUGCCACGAACCUCAACAACAGGACCAGUCCAACGAAGAACAUCUGGCCCAUCAGGAGAUCCAAUUAUUCUACAGUUGCUGCAUUUGCAAGAAGUGGUAGUGAAGUUGGCGAGAGGCGACCACCAGCCGCAGGAGCAGCAGUAGCAGGAGCUUCGUAUGCCUAUCCAACUCAAAACCCUGGUAUCGUGUGGCAUGAACAUAAGGAUAGAACACAUGAGCACAGGAUUAACGUUCCUGCCGAUGCUUUUUCAGCCUGGAGGGAAAGAAUGCACCACCCCAAGUCAAUCAGAUAGUUGCCGACUGCUACUUCUCACUGCUCACUGCUCUCUAUUUUUACUCCUACAAUUCUCUCCAUUCUGUUGUUAAUGUUAAUAAAUUUUCAGUUCUUAUAAAUACUUAAGUCAUAAAAAAUAUGACACUUGUGAAAAAAUGCUGCGAAUUUAUUUUCUAAUCUAAGUUUACCAGAUGAUUAGCUGAUAAUUUUGUUAAUAUUUUUCUCGAAUUUGUUCUUUUUUGAAUUCUGAAAUUUUCAAGAAGAU